AUGCUGAAAGAAAAUGUGGGCCCCCUCCUCAUAUUGACAGUGGAGACAUCACCAUUCUUCCAUUAGUAGUCUAUGCCCUGGGGUCUUCAGUGGAGAAUCAAUGCCAGUCCUACUAUGUACUUCAGAGAAACAGGAAAAUAACAUGUUCUGAUGGCACUUGGUCAGAACCACCAAAAUGCUUACAUAGGUCCUUUCAUAUUCUCCUGGAUUCUGAGAAAAUCUAUGCUGAAAGAAAAUGUGGGCCCCCUCCUCAUAUUGACAGUGGAGACAUCACCAUUCUUCCAUUAGUAGUCUAUGCCCUGGGGUCUUCAGUGGAGAAUCAAUGCCAGUCCUACUAUGUACUUCAGAGAAACAGGAAAAUAACAUGUUCUGAUGGCACUUGGUCAGAACCACCAAAAUGCUUACAUAGAUGCGUAGUAAAAGAAGAAACCUUGAAAAAAUAUAACAUACAUUUUAAAUGGUCAGGUGAGAAAAUAUUGUAUUCUACAUCAGGAGAUCAUGUUGAAUUUGUCUGUCGACCUGGAUAUGAUAAUGUGUCACCACUGUCUGCAUUUCGA